AUGUCUGGUGUCGAGGCGGUUUUUGGCAUUGCCGCCAGCGGAGCCGGCUUGCUCUCGUUGAGUAUUCAACUCUUUGAAAGCGCUGCAAAGCUGAAAAGGAUCUACCAUGCGGCCAGGGACGCGCCGCGAACAAUUUCCAGGCUCCUAUUUGGCCUCGAGACAAUGGCCAUGGCGUUACGGCAACUCGAACAAUACCGACAGCAGAGAACUGCAAGCGAUGCUCUCCUCGCCCGCUGCAUUGCGGAAUGCGAAUUGCAUACUUCCGACAUACGGGAAUUAAUCGACAAGAUGGAUGACCGUCUAUCAAAGGCCGCCAAGAUAGGUGGCAGGUUAUAUGCCGCAUUCAAACACCGUGAUGUCAAAGAGCUGCUUGAUGGGUUAGAGAAGGCGAAGAGCUCCCUCGAACUUGCAUACAUGAUGUACCUGAGUGAAGAACAGAGACGCCGAGAUCAGGCAUAUACUGACAUGCUAGCUCUUCAUGGCACUCUGAUCAAUGGCCUCCAGACUCCAUUUUCGGCCGGAAACGACAGACUCGUGCAACAAUUGACAUUGCUUGGCCAAUCUUCAGCGUUGUCGCCACAAUACAGUUCCAUGAUAACUUCCCCAACACGAUCAAAUACUACUACAGCAAUCGAACCGACGGCAGCGAGAUUUCGAGAGAUCGAAGCGACGAAGGGGUUAGAUGUUCUAGUUAUUGAUCGGGCCAGAGGGGUCAAGAGAAAGAAUGACAAACCACGCUUCCGGGCUACUUUUCGAUUCCCUCGUUGGCUUAUUGCUCGCGUAUUCGAUUUUGCCGUCACUCAGACUCAAUGGGGCUGGUCUGUCCAUUUGCAAACAUUCAAUGACGUUCCUUAUCACUCGCCCAUCUUCCAUUACUGUCGUAAUGGUAACCUCGAAGGAAUCCGAAGGCUCAUUGAAAGUGGAGAAGCGACACCACUAGAUGCCAUAUAUGACGGCUUCAGUGGGUUAGGCGGCCGGCUGACAGUCAUCGAGGUAAGCACCCACGGUUAA